UUAGCCAUCGUCCGAGCAAACGAGGAGGAAAACAUCAAAAGAGAUUGUUUUAGGUGACAGGAGAAGGGCAUUGAGGUCAACGGAGAAUAUUGCAGGCGAUAUCAGGGGGAAGUGGUGAUCAUCGCCAAACCACCAUCGCCGCCAUCGUGAGUGUUGCGGUCGCGGCCCAGCCCCGCAACAUCGCAAUCAUGGCGGCCCACGUCCAGUUUGGUCAGUCACUGCAACAACCAACGCUGCAACACGCGUACGCGUUCAACCCAGUCACGCCCAUUCACUCCCCCCAUCACUCACUUAACAGCUCGACCUCUUCGCGCACUCCCCUCCACACCCUGACCCUCCACGAAUAUCGCAAACAACAGCACACUCCGACAACCCAAUCCGCCACUCCGCCGGGCAAGACACUACGGAGAAAGGCCGCUGCCGCUGCUCUCAACGAGGUCGAGCGUGUUCCAUCAGUGACACGCAAGCCUGUCGGCGGAUCUGGUUCUUUUCGUCCUCUUCACCUUUCCCAGUCAGCACAUGAACUGGCUACCCACCACACCCUACCGCCCUCACCACCGCACUUCUUCCAGCAAUCAGCGCUGCAGGAUCGAACCUUUCGAUCACAAUCCGCCGAGCUGCGCGACCCAGGGGGCACUGCAUUCGGCUAUCCGACAUUCAGUCAAAAUCAACCCACGACAGUAAGUAAUUGGAAACCCAUCAAACGUUUGCCCAAGCCUCCUCCCAGGCUGAGCCCUAUUCCUUCCCCUGUACGCCUAAAUAGCCAGUCUCAUCUGGUGUCUCCCGUGUUUGAUUCUGCUCUGCUUUCAUCUGGUGCGCAUCCUUCGGUUUUUGGAGGAAAUCCUCUAUCAUCGGGGGAGAAUUUGGGAUCGAGUGGCGGACAAACAACAUCCUCGACGUUUUCGCUGUCGCGAUUCCCACAACCGCCGCAUCUCGUCGACCCUUCUCUUUCGCCGCCGAAUGAUGAGAACGCCCCGCCGCGGUUGAACAUAAGCUUUACAACAACAGCACCUGAGACUCCACCUGCAACACCAGCUAUUCUUCACUAUCGCGGGACCUCAUUUGACCUUGUCAAUCCUCACGAGUCUCUUCUUCUCCAUGAUAUCGAGACUCCAACACGGGACACCGAUUCACCUGACUACUUUCCCUUACGGUCGUCCGAGGACCCACUCAUGUACUCAGAGAUGGCUGCUCCGCGCAAAUUAUUCUCAGACCUAAAGUCCGCCCACCGUGGCGUCACUAGGCGAGCAGAUGAAUCUUCAGGUGCUUCAGACAACAAUCUCCCACGAGAGCCAGAGCCUGUCGCUCUCAGCCCCCCUUCGCAAUACUCAUCUCCAGAGUAUAGCUAUGACCUAAACAUGGCUGUAUCUCCGUUAGCACCAAAGAGGUCAGCAGGUGAUUCGCGCUUUUCGCUGAAGCAAUUAACUCGAAAUCUCACGCGCAAGAUUGUCAAGACCCCAGAGGAGCCGUUUCAACAAGAGCUUCAGGAGUUCACUUCAAGCCAUGUAAGCCUCGCGGACAAUAAUCUUGAGGGCACCUUUCCGCGCCCUCUGGAUGAGAGUUACCCUAUUAGGCCAGACUCGUUAUCUGCAACCAACCGAUUGAGUGGACUAGAGGGCGCAAUUGAAGAAGAGCCACCUGUCCGUCGCAUCUCAGAUUUGCGGUACAGCUCAGCACCGUUAACAUCCAUGGUCCCUGAUGAUCCUUCCUCUCAAGCUGGCCGCGCGGAAAACCCCCGGAUCUCGCUAUCAGAAGGCGAUAUGGGGGUUAGUCCUUACUACGAAGAUAUAGAAUCCCUGUACCACUACCAGAGCUCCUCUAUAUACACGCGCGAUGAUGGCGAUGCUUCUGGCUAUCCACCAAGUCUUUCAAGCAAGAGGAUGAGUAACCCAUUCGGGCCUCUGACUUACCAGGACGAUGACUUAUCCAGCAAUUAUAACCGCCAGAGUACGUAUAGUUAUUCCAACGCGGCUCGGUUUAGCAGGCGCGCCUCUCGCCCAUUGACUUCUCAAAUUCAAAGCAAUGAGAAGACCGACACGAUCAGCAAGUUCAUCGACCAUUACGGCCAUCAGGACCAUACGGAAAGCUCAAUCCCAACGCUCAGUUCUCCUCCCUUCGAAGGUUAUGGUGGGAUCGAGCGACCUCAACCGGCUAGAAUGACUUCAGGCCUCAGUCAGUUCGAUUUCGAGUUGCGGCGAAACGAUAGCAGCUCGUCAAACGUUUCUCCAAUCCAGACUGUACCAGGUAGGAGACGGUUCCAACAACAUUCGCCUCCGCCGCUAGCAUCUCCAUUCGAGUAUGAUGAAAUGCCAGAACCCUUUCAUCGUCAAGAUGCUUCGGAAAUGUUCACUGGAGCAUCUUCUUAUGGAGAUACACGCCAUCUGCUUCAAUUAUCUCAGCCCUCAGCUACGGAGGUCAGUGGCCAUCUUUCUGUUCCACAAAGCCCCCCUACUGUCCCUGGACAAGCUCUAGAACCGUCCUCUUCAUAUUCUCAGCCCGAGGGUCCAAAUAGCCCACAAACGCCACAAGAGGCCUUAGAUCAUGCCGAACAAAUUUUCGCCGAAGGUUCUGGUAAUGAAGCCAUUCCGGCCAUAUGGGCGAGAUGCAGUUCGGGCAAUCUUGCCUCGCGUAAUCAGCACAACUUCGGCGACAAUGGCCCUGUACAAGACAUGUUAGCUAAUAUGGGCGAAUUUAACGAGGAAGAAAAGGAAGAUUGGGAAACUGUUGGAAACAAUAGCAAGGUGGAGCGCCCGUCUAUGGAUGACAGCAUUGCCGACUACAGCAGCAGCGAUGACGCCAGCCGGGCAGGACUGUCGGUCAUUGAAGAUGCUUCUUUGCCGGGACUUGAGGGCCAAGCGUAUGAGCAAGAUCUAUCCUUAUACGAAGACCCAAGUCCGCGACCUACCCAUCGCCAUCCAUUCAAUGCCUCCCCGCCACCGCUUCUAGCACGGGCGAGCGUGAGGACUGUGCCCGACCAUGUCAAUAAUACUCCUCGUGAGUCGUUUGCGCAAUCAUCUACGACGAUGCCUCUCUUCCACAAUCAAGACAAUACUAUUGGUGCUCCAUACUAUUGCACACCAUGGCGCCAAUAUGACCUGAGCGACAAGGAGACCCUAGAGCUCUUGAAUUCUGGGCCAAACGAGGAGAUAAUAUACAAUGAUGAGGAGCACGAGCUCCAAGAGCUAACACCGGGGCGCUCAAUUCGCGCAGAGCCUCCCUCCGCGAGCACUCUUGGAAACCCAAUCGACGCUGGAUUCGAACGGGAGAAUACUUUCGAAAAGCUUACUGUCUUAGGGCCGAAGGGCAACCUGACUGGGACCCCACGUGGCACGGGUAUGCGUGAAGCUGGAAGCAGUGUCGCAGACUUAAGCAGCCCUGGGGCAGCGUUGAGUUCCACCCCGUACGGCUUCUAUGCAACCCCAGGGCGGAGUUCAAGCAAUACAAGAAUUCGACCGCCCAACCUUCCCGAGCCUAGAUCGUCGUCUCAACACCAAAGGGCACCUUCUGGGACUACCCGAAAUAACCCCUACAAUUUUUACGACUCGCCAGGUGCUACGGCUAGCUUUACUAGGAUCCAGCGGUCAAAUCCAGCCGAGGCGGGUUCGCCAUCUGAACACGAACGCUCCCCUUCGCAGUGCACGCUUUUUCCAAGCCAUUAUCGUCUUAAAGCUAAUUCUCCUGAACACCCUUCUCCCCUAAGUGGCAAAAAGCGAAAUAUUGGGGAGAUUGCUGCGCACCGAUACUCAAUAAAGCCUCCUUCGCCCAACCGCCGACGGGGUCACAACCGCCCAGCAGUUCACGGCCAAACUAAGCUUCGGGAGAUGAUCCUUGCUUCAGACACUAUGACACUCUCCUCUGGGCAUAGCACCCAUAUGUCUCGCUUUAUGGGAGUGGCGGGCAGCGAACGACCAACAUCUGCGAAUACCGAGUCACCAUUACGGGGUUUGGGCAGCCAGGCUACCAUUAGGACCGUCUUUGCUGACCCGAACUCUCCUCGUUUGUACCAAGUGGAACGCGGCUAUUGCCCGGAGAUCGAGGCCGAGCGGCGCAAGAAAUCUUGGAUCCUCUUUGCUAUGUUCUGCCUUUUCCCGCCAGCUCUUAUCCUCUUCCGUUUCUUUGGCGAUUGGUGUGUCACCACUGUAACCAAUGGAGACAUUGGGUACUGCACACCAAGAUCCAAACAAGCAGCUACCUAUGCCGGCGUUGCGAUAAAUAUUGGGAUCAUUGCGGCAAUCCUCAUCCCAAUCCUCGUUGGAAUCGCUACUGGGAGCUUGUAGACCAACCCGCUACCAAAUCACCAUAAAUUCUUGCCGCCCUUUAAGCUGGAUUCCUCACCCCCUCGACCAUCUCUUCUUGUGAAGUCCCGUCUCUUCUGCAACCAGCUGUUGAUGGAAUCACGGCUUUGAACGCCUCGAUCAGAAAUUCUCAAAUUCACAUUUGGU